AUGAAGAAAAAAAAAAAGAGUGUUGAAGAAGUGAAGGUGUGGAAUGAUGCUUUAAAAAACUUGGAUGAUGUGGAACGAAACAAAUACAACCUGACUAUUGAUACUGUACAUGGAAGAAUAAGACCAGAACCCGAAAUCAUUGAACAUAUUUUAGAAGGGUUAGAAGAUAAAAUUAGAUAUUAUUUUAAUUUGUACAAAGUAGAAAAAGAAAAAAGAAAUAAUUGUGAAAAGGAAAAUUAUCGCUUGAAUGAAGAAAUGAAUCAUACAUACACUAUUUUGCAAAAGAAUAAAAUAUAUACUGAUAAGUUAGAAAACAAAUUGAAUAACAUAAAAGAAAAUCAGAGUUCAUUAAUAGACACAGUAAGACGUAUUGAUUUAUUGUACAUCCAGCUAGAUACACUAGUUCAGUCAUUUGCUGGUGUCUGUUCACAAGUUGCAUCUGAAGUGAAAUUUGAAACUAAUGAUAUUAACAAGAAGAGAAAUAUUAUGAAAAUGUUACUUGAUUAUAUAUACCCAUGUAGGACACUUGAUCCUCGUAUUAAUUCAUUAUAUGGAAUGUUGUAUUAUCAAUCUAUUGGAUUUAUAAAAGACGGGAAAUUUAUGAGUCCUCCAAUUCCUCCUAUCCCUCCAUUGAUACCGUCUGAAUCUGAUGGAUGGCUAGCCCCUUCUUCUCGUUCUAUUCGUCAUGAAGAAAUGCAUGGGAAACAAUAUAUUCAUAAUAAUCAUAUAGAAGAUUUAUAUGAAAAGAAUAUGCAUCCCUUCGCAUCUUCUAGGAGCAGUCGUUCUGAUUCUAUAAGACAAAAUGGAUGUAGUUACAACCGAGAUAAUUCCAAAGAUAAUAACAUAGAUGACAGAUAUUUUUGCAAAUAUGUAUCAGAAGAACAAAAGAAAGCAGAAUCAAAUGAAUAUAUUUACAAACCAAGCAUGAGUCAAAUAAUAAGUGCAGAAUUACAAGGAUUUGAUAUUCAAAUUGGAUAUCUCGAAAUUAAAUAUAAAAAAGAAAAUGCAAGAAUUAUUUGUGUUGUUAGAUAUGACAAUGAGACAAGUGCUUCUGCAAUCCAAAACAGUAAUAGAGUAACAAAACCAAGAGAUAUGAAUGGAAUUGCAAAUGGAGGGAAAUGUAUUUUUAACAUUGAUUAUACAAUUAAUUUAAAUUCUUUGCCUCAGAAAAAUCCAGGAUGUGUUCCAAGUUUUAUGAUAGAUGUACAUGAUGUUAAUGGAAAAGCAUUAAUUGGAACAUCAAGGUGUUCAUUCAUAAGUGAAAAAACAUUAUUAAAAGAUGCAUCAUGGGAUAUAUAUUCUAGAGAUGUAAAUAUUAAACCAGAAAUAAUUGGAAAAAUGAAUGUAUCUGUCCUUCCAUUCCCUAAAAAUGCUAUUCUUCCGAGUGAAAUGUUCAGGAAAUCAAAGCAAUCUUUACCUUCUCCACUUUUACACGAUCCUAAUUCCAAAAAUGAAGAAGCAACGAGUGACAAUAUGAUAAGAGAUAAUAAUGCCAAAGUUAUGUUUCAAAAACAAUCCCCUCUCAUCAAGUCUACCCAGGAAAAAAAUGAAAAAUCUCUAUCUCCUCAAACCAUGAACCAGGAUCUACCUUCCACCGUGGGAGGAGCAAAAAUACAGAUAGUUAAUAACAAAACCCAGGGAACUAAUCUUUUUCAGCGAGGAAAGAAAGUCACCUUCAAGCCACACACUUCUAAGAGUGGUGAUCCAGCCGGAUCUUCUGACAGCAGUAGCAAGGCAAAAACCGAGAUAGAGGAAUUCAAGAACCAAAAAGAACUUUCUAAACGAAAUAACACUAUUGGCAGAAAUGGAGAUAGUAACAAUAAAAGCACAACAGUCCCUGAUGUGAUUCAGAAGAAAGGAGUAAACAUAGGAUUAAUAGGAAAAAGUACCACAUCAUCGCUAGUUCAAAGUCGAAUACAAAAUUUAGCGAAACAAUUUGAAUCGAAAAAUGGAACACCAAGGAGUAGUGAAGAAGAUUCAGGUAGCAAGAAUAGCUCUACUGUAACAGUUGGAGGAAGUAUAAAUAAAUUAGGGAAACCUUUAAAAACAAAUUUACCUCUUCCUAACAAUAAAGAAAAUAAUGUAUCCUCGGAUGAACAAAAAUUAGUAAAAAAAGAAUCUACUGAAAAGAAACAAGUAACCUCAUUAAAACAAGUGGAAAAUGUGCAAAAAAGUCUGCCCGUAAUGAAAGAUGGAGUGACAAAAAUUAAGCUACCUUUUCCAGGAAAAAAAGAUUUAACAAAAAAAGAAGACUCAGCAGAAUUGACAAAAAAAGCAGACGCAGCUGAACUGGCAAAAAAGGCAAACUCAGCUGAACUGGCAAAAAAGGCAAACUCAGCUGAACUGGCAAAAAAGGCAAACUCAGCUGAACUGGCAAAAAAGGCAAACUCAGCAGAACUGGCAAAAAAAGCAAACUCAGCAGAAUUGACAAAAACUGAUUCUAUAAAAAAUGUAAAUGAUGUGAAAGACAAUAAUAUUAGUAGCAAAUCAUUAAAGCCUCUCUUGAAAAUUAAAGUAGAACCCAAAAAGGAAAAUUUAAACAAACUUUUUAAUAAAUUGCCUUUGAAAACAUCACUUACUGCAUCUAAGGAGAAAGAAAAUAAAAGUUCAGAUGCAGAACCUGCUUUAAAAAAGAGCCUUUCAAAAGGAACAGGAGUGGGAGCAAGUAAACUAAAAAUAACAACACCUCUUAACAUGAAAAAUGUUGUAAGCAGUGCUGCGAACAGUGAUGUGAAAAAUGUGUCAACAUAUGAAGACAAAAUGAAUAAGAGUAACACCACCGAGGCAGAGGUUGCAACUGCCAAUACUGAAACACCUGAACACCAGGCAAAGGGAUUGAUGACAUCUAAAGCAGAAGCAGGAGGAUCCACUAACACAGAAAAACGUUUAGAGAAAAAAAUAUCAAUUAAAAAUAAGAUGCUUACCCUUUUGAAGAUUAAACCUGUGGAUCCUUCUGCAAUUUUGAAAAAGUCUUUGUCUAAAAAUACCCCUCCUGCACCAGCUGAAGGUGAAUCGGAAUCAAGCCAGCAGGAGCCAGACAUAAAGAACCUGCUAGAAAAGGCCAAAAAAAAUGCCAUAUUCAUUGACAAAAAUAAAGUAAAUGUGAAAUUAAACAAAAAGGUAGAAGUAAAAAGGGAGGUAAAGAAGUUUGUUCCGAAGUUGAAGAAUUUUGAAUGA